AAGGUAAAAAACAGACUGACCAAGACAGCUAGCAGAAAGUUUGAGAGUAACUUGAAAAUAAACAUAAAGCUCAGUGAUGGUUAACUUAAUAUAAGUGAAACUUUGGUUGAAUUUUUCUUCACCAUAUGUUUUGUCCAACCACCAAAGUGGGUGCUCUCCUCAGCAGAGAUAUGAAAACUGUAACAAACAAGAAAACACCAUCUCUUGAUGAACCCAUGCAAGUAGAUGCUUCUCCUGAAGAAAAUGAGAAUAUAAAAAAUGACCAUGCUAUUGUAGAAAGUACAACUUUGGAUCUCGAUUCUUAUGCUAAGCAAUAUGAAGGAAUUGCUCGCCUCAACAGACUUAUUUUCAUUGCUGAUUACUGUCCAUCGCUAAAAAUGGAAGCCCUUCGCAUGGCUUUAUCUUACGUCCAAAUAACACAUGAUACUAGUCUUUAUCAACAGAUACAUCGACGUCUCCAAGACAUACCAUCUACAUUACCAGAUGCUGUAUCAAGUGUACCACCUUUAGAUAAUAUGUGGAUAGAAUUGACUAUUAAGAAAGCACAGCUCAAGCUAGAAAAAUUAGAUACCGAUCUGAAAAAUUAUAAGAGUAAUUCAAUUAAAGAAAGCAUAAGACGUGGAAAUGAUGAUCUUGGAGACCAUUAUCUUGAUAUGGGUGAUUUGUGUAAUGCAUUAAAAUGUUAUUCCAGAGCACGAGAUUAUUGUACCAGUCCAAAACAUGUUGUGAACAUGUGUCUCAAUGUUAUCAAGGUUAGCGUCUAUUUAGAAAAUUGGUCACAUGUUAUCAGUUAUGUACAGAAGGCAGAGAGCACUACUGGACGUACUGAGAAGGAGGUGGAUCCAGUUGUACAGACAAAGUUGAAAUGUGCGGCUGGACUUGCUGACUUAGCUACGGGCAAAUACAAAUCAGCUGCUAAAAAUUUCUUGCAAGCUUCUUUUGAUAAUUUUAAAUAUCCUGAGCUGUUAUCUUCAAGCAAUGUUGCCACUUAUGGAGCCUUGUGUGCUUUGGCGUCGUUUGAUCGACAAGAACUUCAAAAAAAUGUCAUCUCUAGUAGCUCUUUUAAGUUAUUCUUGGAAUCUGAUUCUCAGCUACGUGAUAUUUUACAUAUGUUUUACCAAUCAAAAUAUGAUUCCUGCCUUAAACUGCUAGAUGAGAUUAAAAACACAUUGUUACUGGAUAUGUAUUUAGCCCCUCACGUAAAAGCACUCUAUGUUCAAAUUCGGAACAGAGCAUUAUGCCAGUAUUUUAGUCCUUAUUUAUCUGCUGAAAUGCAUAAAAUGGCAGAUGCUUUUAAUACAAAUGUCAAAGAUCUGGAAGAUGAAUUAAUGCAGCUCAUAUUGGAUGGGCAAAUUAAUGCUAGAAUAGACUCCCACAACAAGAUAUUGUAUGCUAAAGAUAUAGACCAACGUAGUUCAACUUUUGAAAAAUCUAUAGCAAUGGGUCAGGAAUAUGAACGUCGAACAAAAGCAUUGAUAUUAAGGUCAGCUAUGUUGAAAUAUCAAGUGCAGGUGAAGAGUGAUGCAGAAGACAGAAGGAAAGAAGAAAAACCAAAUUUUGCCCGUUUGGGUGAAGCACUUGUAUUAUCUUCUACCAGUCCAAGUAGUAUCGGGGCCAGCACUAGUAGUGCUGGUGCUGCUAGUGGUAGAGGUGAGUGUCCCAGAUAUGAAAUUGAUAGCUUGGUAGGUUUCUAUUGCAAUCAAGACAAUUCUGAAGAUGGUGUGUCAGCAUAGGUUGAGAUAAUUGAAAAAUUUUGAAGGUGCAAUUUUCAAAAAUUUUUGGAAGAUCAUCUUAAAUAAUCAUUUAAAUUAUUAUUAUUAUUAUUAUUAUUAUUAUUAUUUUCAUAUUUUUAUCUAAUUUAAUAUAUAAUUUUCCUGAAUACUUUCUAUUUUAAAAUUCCUUUUGCAACUCUUAUAUUGAUUGCUUCAAUGUACAAAUGUAUUGAUAAUAAAUAAAUGACAU